AUGGCGCAGACAGACAGUACAGUCCUCCAGAUUUCCACCGUGCCUCCCAUCCGAACCGACAAGAGCAACUCGGCCGCUGAUGCCCCAGCUCCGGGUACCGACGCGCCCAAGAAGCGGCUAUUGAAGCCCGUCGUCAAAGGUGCCAAGGACGCCUAUUUCGAAAGCAGCGUAACUGAUUGGGAUGGCAAAUAUCAUCAUCUCAUCGGAACAUCUACCAGAGACCUCGUCUUUGGCGCUCGAUUCGUCCUUACUGACGACCAUAUCGAUGACAUCUUGGUCAUGCCACGUCCAUUCAUCGACGUCAGCUACGAUGCAAAGAACGGUGCCAGAGAUGUCACCAACGAAGCCGUCGUCCGUCUAGCCAAGGGUCUCACCGGCUUGAGAACCGUCCUCUUGCCCAGCACAAACCGGGUCAACGACAAAGGUUUCCUCGCCUUGGUCUCCCAUUGUCCAGACCUAAGGCUCCUCGAGCUCACCGCGGCUUCCACCGGCUCCUUUGGCAGCACCAAGCUCAGCCCAAAGGCGUUGGAGGAGUUAUGUGCACAUCCGGAGUGGGCACCGGGACUGAGGCAGUUGGUCAUCACAACAGAUGAGGAGAACAAGGAGUUCAUGAAGGCAAUGCGUGCAUUGGGUAAACAGAGGGAGAAGUUGGUCACCACUCUACUUAGUCGCAGUGAGGAGAAAAAAUGGGGAGACUGGGAGAUAUCAACAAUUUCGAAUCACUAUGAAGGGGCGUAAGUGUGAACCGGAAAAGACACCUCGCGGAAUAUUGCAUCGCUACGGCAGGGGAUUCUAGAAGGAAAAUUGUUUCGCAGAUUGUGAAGCCAUCAGGUUGGCCCCAAGCUCAGGGACCCAGACUGAACCUUUUCUGAGUGUGCCUGCUGGGGGAUUGUAAUGAAGACGAUAUGUUGAAUAGUUUUAACGAUCACCAAUAAUAUUA